CUGGGAUCGGCGGGGGGAGCGGGGCCGGGCUGGGCCGCGGUCCCCGUGUGUGGGCCGGGGGGUGCCCGCGGAGCGCCAUGUCGAUGUCGCACCUGUACGGUACGGACGGGGAAGAUGGCGUGGAGAUGGAGAACUUCGAGGUGUCGGACUGGGACCUGCAGAACGAGUUCAACCCCCACCGGCAGCGCCACCGGCAGAGCAAGGAGGAGGCCACCUACGGCGUGUGGGCCGAGCGCGACUCGGACGAGGAGCGGCCCAGCUUCGGCGGCAAGCGCUCCAGGGAUUACUCGGCCCCCGUGAACUUCAUCAGCGCCGGGCUGAAAAAGUCAGCAGCUGAGGAUGCGUCGGAAGAAGACUCCGAUGAAGAUGAAAAGCCUGUUAAGCAGGAGGAAAUCCCUAAAGAGUUUGUGCCGAAGAAGUUAAAAACAGGUGGUAAUUUCAAGCCUAGUCAGAAAGGCUUUGUAGGGGGGACAAAAUCUUUUGUGGAUUUUGGCAGCUGGGAGAGACACACUAAGGGAAUUGGGCAGAAGCUUCUCCAGAAGAUGGGUUACGUCCCCGGAAGAGGUCUCGGGAAGAAUGCUCAAGGUAUUAUCAAUCCAAUUGAGGCAAAACAGAGAAAAGGCAAAGGAGCUGUGGGGGCAUACGGCUCUGAAAGAACCAGCCAGUCUUUGCAAGACUUCCCUGUUGUGGACUCGGAAGAAGAAGCUGAAGAGGAAUUUCAAAAAGAGCUCAGUCAGUGGCGGAAGGAUCCUAAUGGAGGCAAGAAAAAGCCCAAAUACAGCUAUAAGACAGUAGAGGAACUGAAAGCCAAGGGUAGGAUCAACAAGCAGCUUUCAGCCCCUCAGAAGGAGCUGUCUCAAGUCAAGGUUAUAGACAUGACGGGCCGGGAGCAGAAGGUUUAUUACAGCUACAGUCAAAUUAGCCACAAGCACAAUAUCCCAGAUGACAGUCCUCAGCAGCCACUGGGCAAAGACUCCAAGCCCCAGGGGUUUGCCUUGCCUGAGCUGGAGCACAACUUGCAACUUCUCAUUGACAUCACAGAGCAGGAGAUCAUCCAGAAUGACCGGCAGCUGCAGUACGAGAGAGACAUGGUUGUCAACCUGACCCAUGAGAUCCAGAAGAUGUCUGAAGUUCUCUCGCAUGAGGAGACGGCAAUUAGCAAUCUCAGCAAGGUGCUGGGGAUGGUGGAAGAGUGUGAGAGACGGAUGCAGCCCAGUUGUGAAAAUCCCUUAACCUUGGACGAAUGUGCAAAGAUUUUUGAGACGCUUCAAGACAAGUACUAUGAAGAGUACAGAAUGUCUGAUAGGGUAGACCUGGCAGUAGCAAUAGUCUAUCCUCUCAUGAAAGAUUACUUCAAGAACUGGGAUCCCCUCAAGGACUGUACAUAUGGCACAGAGAUCAUAGCCAAGUGGAAGAGCCUUUUGGAAAAUGAUCAGCUGUUAUCACACAGUGGGCAAGACCUGUCAACAGAUGCUUUUCACAGACUGAUGUGGGAAAUCUGGAUGCCAUAUGUCAGAAACAUAGUGGCUCAGUGGCAACCGAGGAACUGUGGGUCGAUGGUGGAUUUCUUGGAUAGCUGGGUAAACGUUGUUCCUGUUUGGAUACUGGACAACAUUCUGGAUCAGCUCAUCUACCCCAAGCUACAGAAGGAGGUUGAAAGCUGGAAUCCUUUGACAGACACAGUCCCAAUCCAUUCGUGGAUCCACCCUUGGCUUCCUCUGAUGCAGGCACGAUUAGAGCCGCUAUAUUCUCCCAUCCGAAAUAAGCUGGCAAAUGCACUGCAGAAGUGGCAUCCCAGUGACUCCUCUGCCAAACUUAUCCUUCAGCCCUGGAAAGAUGUGUUCACACCUGGGUCAUGGGAGGCUUUCAUGGUCAAAAACAUUGUGCCUAAACUAGGGAUGUGUUUGAAUGAACUCAUCAUAAACCCUCACCAGCAGCACAUGGAUGCCUUCUACUGGGUGAUUGACUGGGAGGGGAUGAUUUCCGUCUCCAGUCUUGUUGGGCUGCUGGAGAAACACUUCUUCCCAAAGUGGCUGCAGGUGCUGUGCUCUUGGCUUAGUAACAGCCCCAAUUACGAAGAGAUUACGAAGUGGUACUUGGGUUGGAAGUCCAUGUUCUCAGACCAAGUGUUAGCACAUCCAUCGAUCAAAGACAAAUUUAAUGAAGCUCUUGAUAUCAUGAACCGGGCUGUCUCUUCCAGUGUUGGUGGGUACAUGCAGCCAGGCGCUCGAGAGAACAUUGCCUACCUUACUCACACCGAGCGGAGGAAAGACUUUCAGUACGAAGCCAUGCAGGAGCGUCGGGAGGCUGAAAACAUGGCCCAGCGUGGCAUCGGCAUGGCUGCCAGCUCUGUGCCAAUGAACUUCAAGGACCUAAUUCAGACAAAAGCAGAGGAGCACAACAUUGUUUUCAUGCCUGUGAUUGGAAAGCGGCACGAAGGGAAACAGCUGUAUACAUUUGGACGGAUUGUCAUUUACAUUGACAGAGGUGUUGUGUUUGUACAAGGAGAAAAGACAUGGGUGCCAACCUCUCUCCAGAGUCUCAUUGACAUGGCCAAGUGAGUCCUCUGCUUUGAACUGUGAAGACCGUUUUGCUAAUAUUUUUAGUGUAACUGUUUUAGAAUAAAGAAGUUACAGAUUUGUAAAUAGAGUGAAACUUCAGCUGUAUGCUGGGAUUUUUUUCUUGGAAGAGCUGUUCAGGCAGUGUCAAGAGAUGAAAUGACACGUGGAAGUCGGCACUAAGGGAGGAACAAGCAGUUUGGAUGCUUGUGCAAUUGCUGCCUGUGACAGCAGUUUAUCAGCAGGUUAAAAGGGACCACAGGAGGUGAUUCUCUGCUCCAACAGAUGAGCAAGGGCUGGUCUAGCCAAGUCCUGAAGGUCUCCAGGGACAGAGAUGUCACAGCUUCUCCUUGCCUGCUGCUCUGCUCUGGCAGUGAAAGUUACUGUCCUGAGAGUGUCCCUAAUGCAGCAGGCUCCUCUCUACUAUGUACAGCUGGGACUUGUCCCACCCCUCUUGGGGUGUGCCAGUGGCUCCUUCAGCCCAGUCCCUGCCUGCCUCCUCUGCCCUGUCAACGCAGAGCUGGAAGGGAGCUGGUUUUUUUCCAGCAAAUUCACAGGUGUGCUGUGGGACCGCAGCAGUUCAGGGCACAGAGGUGAGGGAGGGAAACGGAGGCUUUUUUUCCCCUAGAGGGAGAUGACCUGAUUCUUAACAGAAGAACAGACAAAGAGCUGCUUUCAGUGGCACUGGACAGCUGAAGGCCACUGCCUCUAAGAAAGCUUUUAUAAGCCUGCAUUUGGAACCAGACACCAAUACCUUCAACUACAAACCCCUCUGAAGUAAUUCCCCCUUCCCGAUACUUCAAAGUGUACACAGUACACGCAAAGGCUUUGAAUUGUUCCUGAAAGGGAAGAGGAUCAAGAGAACAAUCAUUAUGCAGUACGGCUGCUUUAAAAGGCAGGUUUUAGUUAAACUUGUUC